AUGUCUCUAACGUCGACUUCUUUCCGUGCAAUCGCUUGUGCCUCAAGAAUUGGAGGAGCACCUGCUCUCUUCAUAGGGGCAUCGAGGCUCAGUCGAGCAAUUUUUCAUUUGCCGAGCCGAAGCAGCUUCUCAAAAGCUGUCCGGCAAGAAGGGCUACAAGCAGGGACGGUGUCACAAAGACUGCUAGCCCAUCGAAUGCGACAACCGCAUCAACUUCAACAGACAUUUGCCCGGCAGAUGCAUCGUCAAAGGCCAAGGAGAUUACAGAUGGUAGUCUACACAUCUCGUGUGCCUGAUCAGCCUGAGCGGACAAACUUCUGGGAAGAUGCUCAUCGGAUAUUUUGGGAAGAGUUCCAUCACAUGUUUUGGCCUUGCUUUUUCGGUUUUAUUCUUGAGGUACUUUAUGGAAGUUCUGAGGCUGAAUCAUCUGGGGAAAUGAAUAGAUCACAAGAUGAAAGUGAGAAUGACGUUGGCGAAGAACUUGGGGAGUUUGAUAGUCGGCUCGAUCCACAUCUUAAUCCAGGCUACGCUCGUAACUAUGCAGGACAGACGACAAGAAAUCCGACACACGCUCUACGUAAGGCCUCUGCAUUAGCUGGCACCAAAGGUGUCGCUUCCGACGAUAGCUGCGCCAGACCAAAGCUCAGCCGUCCGACCAAUGACAACCUCCUGCACAACCAAAGUCGACUCCAGUAUCUAUUCUGA